CUUGCAGCUCACGGACACAUGGCAAAUAUUGGUGGUUUGGUUCUUUUCUUCUUGGCAUCUGCCCUGGUAGCUGGCAAACCCAUUCAGGAUGAGGAUAUCGAACCAUCACUGAGACUCGAUGGACGUAUUGUGGGUGGCUAUGCUGUGGAUAUUACCCGCCAUCCCCAUCAGGUAUCGAUGCGGCGUAAGAGCUGCGACGAUUGUGCCUUCUCACACACCUGUGGCGGCAGUAUUUACAAUGCGAAGGUCAUUGUGACGGCGGCGCAUUGUGUCAAUGGACGUGUGGCUGAUAAUUUCAUAAUUGUGGCAGGCACAAGUACCCGUAAUGGCGUGGAUGGUGCCGUGUCGCGUGUCGAUAAGAUUAUUAUGCACGAGAACUAUAACGCUUCCGUCUAUGAUAAUGAUGUGGCUUUGAUGAUUUUGUCACACCCUUUGCCAUUGAAUGGCUUCACCAUGGCGCCCAUUGAAUUGGCCACAGAAGUUCCGUCGAAGGGUUCCAAGUCUACAAUAACCGGUUGGGGUACAACUACCGCGGGUGGUUUUGCUUCAAAUCAAUUGUUGGCUGUCGAUGUGCCAAUUGUGGAAAAUGAUCGUUGCGAUGCUGCAUAUGCUGUUACCUAUGGUCCAGGACGUAUCACCGAUGCCAUGUUGUGCGCCGGUGUCGAUGGUAUCGGUGGUAAGGAUGCCUGCCAGGGCGAUUCCGGUGGCCCGCUUUUGGUAAAUGGCAAGUUGACUGGUAUUGUUUCAUGGGGUCGUAGCUGUGCCUUGGCCGAUUAUCCUGGAGUCUAUGCGAGCGUACCAUAUUUGAGGGAUUGGAUAUUGGAAAAUGUGGCUGCCAAUUCGUAAAAAAAUUAAAAUAAUGAAAAGAUUUUGUGGUAGUUUUUUUGUAAAAUAAUAAAGUAUUCCAUACAAUUAGGAUU